ACAUUAGAAUAUAAAUUAGAUGUAUAUAUUCUAAGCAUCUUAUUGUGAAGGCAGCUUCCUCAACCUUCCGGUCCAGUGAGUCCCUGAUCCUCUGCGUGUUUUCUGAAAAUCCGCUUUUUACCGCGAGACUUGCGGAUGUUGUCGCCGAAGAAGAACCGGAAGUGCGUCCACAGAACUAACGCAGCGGGGCUCAGUCCGGAGGAACCGGAGCAGGGCGGGACCCUCUGAGAGUCUCCCGGUGUUCGGAGCUCACUUUGUGGGGUUUGAACCCGGAAGCUCUCUGGAAUCUUCGGCGCUCACUGGUUCGGUCCCCCCCACCGGAAGUGACGUGUCUGCCUGCUGGUGGGCAGUGAAUCAUCAGGGUGGAUGAAGGGGGCGGGGUUAGAGAGAUGCUGUCACCGACUCUAACCCGCAGGAGAACAAACGAACUCCGCACGACCCGCACGUCCUGAGCUGCGGGACCUCAGCCGCAGACAUGGAGGACAUUCUCCGGAAAAUACUCAGAGACGCGACCGGACACAGACACAAAGGAAUACGGGAAGCGUGUGUGUCCGCCCGCGGUGAGUGUCCGCUGAUCUUCAUCAUCUUCAUCAUCAUCAUCAUCAUCAUCAUCCACCUGCUGGAUGUGUGUAUUGAAACCUACUUGUCCAGCUGUCACCAGCGCAGCAUCAACACGGCAGUGAGAGCGACGCUGAGUCAGAUUCUGGGAGACCUGACGCUGCAGCUGCGACACCGACAAGAGGGUGCAGACGGAGAUGAGGUGACAUCACUGCCGCUGCAGAGGAAAGAUGUGUCUCCCACCAGUCAGGCUCUGUGUGAAGACGUGGUGACAGUUCUGACAGUUUUCUGUGAGAAGCUGGAGUCAGUCGACAGUGAGAACCAGCUGCUGCAGCUUCUCUACCUCGAGUGCAUCCUCUCCAUGCUCAGCAGCUGUCCUCCCACAAUGCACCUGUCCAGAGGUUUCACCGACCUCGUGUGGAAGCAGCUGUGUCCGUCCCUCGUAGCGAUCAUGGGAAACCCCGUCAACGACAAAACCAUCGCCUCCCACCAUGGCCACUUGGGGGCAGCAGACAGAGAGCGGCUCUCAGACAGACUCAGUCUUGGAAUCAACCAGGAGGCGGAGCCCUGUGGCGGAGGAGUGUCUGAUCAGGGCAGGGGUUCCGGCUGCUCGUCCAGCCCCCCUGCCAGGAUUGCACCUGUGGUGCGGACGGUGUGUUACAUUGCGGCAGAGCUGGUGCGCCUGGUGAGCUGCGUGGAGUCGAUGAAGCCGGUGCUGCAGUCGCUUUACCACCGGAUCCUCCUGUACCCGCCUCCGCAGCACCGCACAGAGGCCAUACGCAUCAUGAAGGAGAUCCUGGGCAGCCCUCAGCGGCUCUACGACCUCGCCGGUCCGUGCGUCGCUGAACCUGAAACCAGGAAGCGCUCGUUCUCAAAGAGGAAGUCACACCUGGACCUCCUCAAACUAGUGAUGGAUGGGAUGACAGAGGCGUGUGUGAAGGGAGGUAUCGAGGCUUGUUACUCGUCCGUCUCCUGCGCCUGCGCUCUCCUCAGAGCGCUGGACGAGCUGUCGCAGGGCCGCGGCCUCCAGCCCGAGCAGGCGCGGCUUCUCCUCAGACGAUUGGACGACCUGAAGGACGGGACGGAGUCCACGCGUGAGUCCAUGGAGAUCAACGAGGCCGAUUUCAGAUGGCAGAGACACAUCCUUUCCUCCGAGCAGCCCCCGUGGGACACUGGCUCCUCUGCCCCCAACAUGUCCACCACUGGGGCAGCGGAGCGCAGCCCCGACAUCAGCAUCAGCAUCACCACGGAGACGGGCCAAACCACCCUGGAUCUGGAGGCGGGGGGGCUUGGCCUUGGCCCCGGUCACACCACUCCUGAAGAAUGUGGCGAGGACGCUCAACUCCCCUCGCCCUUGUUCUGCAGCGACCAGGAAGCAGCCAAGCAUGAACAGAGCGCAGAGACGAACCAGGUUCGGCAGCAGGAGGAGGGGGGAGGUGCAGGGGAAGUUGAAGAGAGGGGGGAGAGAAGAGGAGGAGGGGGUGUGGUUCCUCCAGAUGUGGUCCAGCGGAGUCAUGCCCUCGUUUACCCCGACAUCACCAACUUUCUGUCUGUGGAGUCCAGGACCAGGUCACAUCACGCCGGAGGAUCACGAUACAGCGAGAGCAACUUCAGUAUGGAGGAACAGGACCUGUCACGGACAGAGUUCGACUCAUGUGACCAGUACUCCAUGGCGGCUGAGAAAGACUCGGGCCGCUCCGACGUCUCUGACAUCGGCUCCGACAACGUCUCCCUUGCUGACGAGGAGCAGCAGACGCCCCGCGACUGCCCGGGCCACCGCUCGCUCCGCACUGCCGCCCUGUCCCUCAAGUUGCUCCGCCACCAGGAGGCCGACCAGCAGAGCACCAGGCUGUUCGUCCAGUCGCUGGCGGCGCUGCUGCCGCGGCUGCUGGGCCUCGCCACCGCCGCCGAAGUCGACCUCUCCCUGCAGAAGUUCUCCUCCAACUUCUGCACCGGACUGCAGGCUGGUGGGAUCCACUCCCCAGGUUUCGAGGCGGCCGACGCUCUGAGCGUUCAGUCUCUGAUGAACGCAGACGGUCUGUACCUGGUGUCGUACUCCGCUCUGCUGCUCAACCUCAAGCUCUGCUGCUGCGACUAUUACAGACGACGAACGCUGGCGCCCGCCCUCGGCCUGCUCAGGGUGACUGAGUACAUCAGUUCAUUGGAACACACCCACUUCAGCGACGGCUCCCUGCAGCCGUCCUCUCUGACCACCAUCACGCAGCAGAGCCAGCAGGCGGCCGGCGUUGACCUGGGGCAGGAGCUGAGCUGUGAGCCCAGCCCCGAGGCCUCGGAGCUGGGCCUGAGUCAGCCCGUCAUCCAGCCUCUGUCCAUCCAGGAGCUGCUGAGGGAGAGCAGCCGAGGGGGCCGCGGCCUCGACCUGAGGGGCGGGAGCCUGAUGACCGGGACCGCCGCCGCCAAGGCCGUGUGCACGCUGUCGACACAGGCGGACAG